AUGGUAACAAAAAUGAUGGAUUCACACAUGACUCAACUGAGGAAUGUGACUGAAGUCAGUGUGUUCAUCCUGACUGGUUUCACAGAUGAUUUUGACCUGCAAGUCUUCCUGUUUCUCCUAUUUCUGGCUAUCUACCUUUUUACUCUGGUGGGAAAUUUGGGUCUGGUAGCAUUGGUCUUCAGUGACAUCCGGCUCCACAAGCCCAUGUACUACUUUCUCAGCGUGCUAUCAUUCUUGGAUGCCUGCUACUCCACUGUCGUCACGCCCACAAUGUUGAUCAACUUUCUGACAAAGGAUAGAAGCAUUUCAUUUCGGGGAUGUGCAGCACAGAUGCUUCUCUUCGUUACUUUCGGGACCACAGAAUGCUUUCUCUUGGCGGCGAUGGCUUACGACCGCUAUGCGGCCAUCUACAACCCGCUCCUGUACUCUGUCACUAUGUCACCCAGGGUCUAUGUGCCUCUCAUCGCCGCUUCCUAUGUAGGUGGUAUCUUACAUGCCACGGUACACACUGUGGCCACGUUUAACCUCUCCUUCUGUGGUUCCAAUGAAAUUCGGCACGUUUUCUGUGACAUCCCUCCCCUCCUCGCUAUCUCCUGCUCUGAUACUCACACCAACCAGCUUCUACUCUUCUACUUGGUGGGCGCCAUUGAGGUGGUCACGAUCCUGAUUGUCUUGAUUUCCUAUGGCUUCAUCCUGCUGGCCAUUCUGAGGAUGAAUUCUGCUGAGGGGAGGCAAAAGGUGUUCUCCACAUGUGGCUCCCACCUCACCGGAGUGUCCAUUUACCACGGGACAAUCCUUUUCACUUAUGUGAGACCGAGUGCAAAUUAUGCUCCGGAGCAUGACAUGGUCGUGUCUACUUUUUACACCAUUAUCAUUCCUAUGCUGAACCCCAUCAUCUACAGUUUGAGGAACAAAGAGGUAAAAGAGGCAUUCAAAAAAAUCUUGAGAGCAAUUGUUUUCCUACAAAAGUGUACUUUUAAUAUUUAUUAA